GAGUCAUCCAAGGAUAACCCAGCGCGGACCCCACUCCUGCUACCUGGCGAGGGUUCAGGAGCCCGACGGGGCGAGUGUUCUGGGGCCAGAGAGGGCCAAGGUUCUGGGGCCUAGGGGGCGAGUGUUCUGGGUCCCGCGGACCUCCUGGACGGAUUCUGCUUUGGAUAAGGGGCGCUUCUGACCCGCACCAGGCUAGCUAUGAGCUGUUGAGUCUUCCGCCAGCAGCAAGGCUUCCAGCACAGCGACCAGAGGCAGCGACGUAGUUCGCGACUCACGUCGUUGGUCAUUCACGUAGGUCGCGAUGUACGUCGUUGGUCAGUCACGGGGCUCGGCCCUACUGGGCUGUAUUUGGAGCUCAGGUUCGUUUAGUGGGAGGGUAUGUGGUUGAGUUGGGUUCUCUCUCGGUGUCGACAUGGAUCUUGUUAAAAGAGCGAGAUACAGCAGGAGGAACAUAAUGUGGACAUUCGGAGGAAUGACUUCCGUAGGAAACGGCCUGGAAGCAGAGGAGGAGUUAAAGAAUGCAACGGACUGACUGAGUGGACUUGAUAACAAGUUAGAGAAAACCAAACAAGGAUAUUUCAUCCUUCUUUCAACAUGUCCGUUUUCAACAUGUGAAAGGAGAAGUCAUAAUAUUGACCCAAGUUCAUCAGAAUUGCAGAGCAGCGUCAGCUUAAGUAUCCUCAACACACAAGACAUCCUAUUCACUUCAAUAAAGAGAAGGUAGGACCACCUCCCAGAGCGUCAUGUCUCGGUACCUGAGGCACUUCACUGCUUUGGGGGAUGAGAAGACAGAACCAGGGACUUGGGAACAGUUGGAGGAGGAAAGUGAGGAAGUGAGUCCCUCCCCAGGCCAGCCUCCCCCCCGCCCAGGCUUCAGGGAGGCCCUUCAGCAGCUCUACUGCUCUACCCGGUUUCAGGUGGUGGUUGUGUGUUUGGUAGUCUUGGAUGCCAUAUUUGUUAUGGGCGAGGUGCUGUUAGAUCUGGCCAUCAUAAAACUGGAAGAGCAUCAUGUUCUGCCUGAGGUGUUCCACUACCUGAGUCUGGCGCUGCUGACGUUCUUUAUGAUUGAGCUGGUUGGCAAGCUAUACGCUUACCGGCUGGAGUUCUUCCAGCACAAGUUUGAGGUGUUUGACGGCGUGGUGGUGAUGGUGUCGUUUGUCCUGGACAUCGUCUUCGUGGCUCGCGAGGAUGUUUUAGACGCGGUGGGCUUCCUCAUUCUCCUGCGUCUGUGGCGGGUGGCCAGGAUCAUAAACGGAAUCCUGGUCUCCCUGAAGACCCGUGCUGACCAUCGACUUCAUAAACUAAAGGAGAGUUACGAUCAUCUGGUCCAAAGAUCUACUGAGCUGCAGGAACGCAGUGAUAAGAUGGAGCAAGAGAACAACAGAAUCUGUGCCCUUCUGAGACAAAAUGGCAUAGAAUUUGAAUUCUAGUAGUUCAAACCUUAUGCAGUGGUUAUUCAUUUCAUCUGCCUUUCUAGAUGUAUUCUCAACAUUUAGAACUUCUCUAUUCACUGUCAAUCAAUAUAGCUAAGCUGAUAUCUUUGACCGAUAUGAAAUAAAGUCCUGAAACAACAAUGUAA